UUGGGGCGGAACGGCCUGGAAAUAGAAGCCUAUGGCACAGAGAUUACUUGUCUUCCAGAAUAAUAGCUCCUUUUCUCAAACUUCUAUUCUGCUUCCUCAGAUAGCUCCUGCUCAGAAGUUCUGUGUUUAUGGAUCUAUGUGAAUCUAUCUAGGCAGCAACCCUUCUGACUUAUUCCAAAGGCCUUAUAAGGUUCUCUGCUGUUAUACAACAAUGUGGCUAACAUGUCUGGUGUCGUUGGCCCUUCUGAACACAAUAACCUCAGCUUCCACCGCGGCUUCAGCAGAUAAAGUUCUCAGUAACCACGCCGCCAUCCUGGCUGACAGCAGCGCAGAUUUAGCUCUCAGCCUCUACCUGAACAUGGCAAAGGGAAAAGGCGUAGAGAACAUCCUCAUUUCCCCUGUGGUAGUGGCCUCCUCCCUGGGUCUGGUGGCUCUUGGGUGGAAGGGCUCCACCACCUCAGAGGUAAAAAAAAUCCUGAAUGCAGCUAAACUUCAGGACGAACAGCUUCACGCUGGUUUUGAGGAGCUCCUCAGUGAACUGAGUGACCCAAAAUCUCGUAAUGUCACUUGGAAAAUCGGUAGCCGGCUUUAUGGGCCUAGCUCUGUAACCUUUGUAGAUCACUUUGUGAAGAGCAGUAAGAAGCAUUACAGAUGUGAUCAUUCCAAGAUUAACUUCAGAGAUAAAAAGAACGCGGUUAAGUCGAUCAACGAGUGGGCCGCCAAGUCCACCAACGGCAAGCUGCCUGAAGUCACCAAGGAUGUGGAAAACAUGGACGGGGCAAUGAUCAUCAAUGCUAUGUAUUUCAAACCUCACUGGGACGAGCAGUUUCACCCGACGAUGGUGGACAACCGAGGGUUUCUGGUGUCCAGUAGCUACACAGUGUCAUUACAGAUGAUGCAUCGCACAGGUCUUUUUGACUUCUACGAUGACACCACCAAUAAAGUGUCUCUUCUUAGCAUGCCUUUGGCUCAUAAGAUGUCCACAAUGGUGCUGAUCAUGCCCUACCAUGUGGAGCCCCUGCAGAGACUAGAGAAGAUGCUGAACAAAAAGCAGCUGGACACCUGGAUGGGGAAGAUGAAGCAGACAGUGGUGGCUGUUUCUCUGCCCAAAGUCAGCAUGGAAGUUAGUCACAACCUGCAGAAGCAGCUUCAGGAGCUGGGCCUCACCGAGGCUGUGAACAGAUCAAAAGCAGAUCUCUCUAACAUCUCUGGGAAGAAGGAUCUGUACCUGUCUGCUGUGCUCCAUGCUGCUGCUUUGGAAUGGGACACUCAUGGAAAUGAAAUUGAUACCAGCAUCUUUGGAUCAGACAAACUAAAAAACCCUAAGCUCUUCUAUGCCGACCAUCCUUUUAUUUUCUUUGUCAAGGACAAAAAGACUAAUUCAGUCCUGUUCAUUGGCCGAGUGGUGAGGCCAAAAGGAGAAAAAAUGAGAGAUGAGUUAUAGAUGAUCAGAUGAGUCAUUCCGGAUAUUCUGGGUAUUUCUAAGUUCUUAUAAUUGGUAUAAUUAGGACAGAAUUCCAAGCAUUCCAAAACAGAAAGGAUUUGUUUUAAAGUAUUUUGCUAAAUGAGUUUUUAACUUGAUACAUCAUAAGACAUUAAAUAGGUGGAUAUACUGAACUAUGGAAGGAAAACAUCAAAAUACAAAAAUAAUAUAAUUGUGAUGUUUUUAUAUGUUUGUGUGAACAACAAAGGUUUCUUUUUCACUUCUAGGCACCUUGCUCAAAUUUGCUAAAGAAAAAGCUGCCCAAACUUUUUUUUUUCUUUGUACUGUUGGAGUUUUUUUUUUUUUUUAUUCAGG